GACUUAUUUACGAAAUGGAUGAUCCUGUUGUAACUGUACGAGAAGGAAAAGUCCGGGGAAAAAUCUCCACUGACUUUGAUGGCAAUCAUUUCUACAGUUUCCAAGGAAUACCUUACGCCAAACCUCCACUUGGAGAUCUUCGUUUUAAGGCACCAGAACCACCUGAAAAGUGGAACGGAAUACUAGACGCAACAGAAAAUGGAAAUGAAUGCUAUGCCAAAAGUAAUAUUUAUACUGGCUCCGAAGACUGCCUAUUUAUAAACGUUUUUACAAAAAAGAUUCAAGCAAAGUUCCUAAAACCUGUGAUGUUUUUAAUUCACGGCGGAGGUUUCAUCUCUGGUUCAAGUCAUUCAAUCAUGUUUGGUCCAGAAUACCUCAUAACUCAAGAUGUGGUUUUGGUUACCUUCAACUAUAGACUAGGUGUACUAGGAUUUUUAUGUCUGGAUGACAGUACCUUAGGAGUUCCAGGAAACGCAGGUCUUAAAGAUAUGGUAAUGGCACUUAAUUGGGUCCAAUACAAUAUCAAGAAUUUUUCAGGAGAUCCAAAUAAUGUGACAAUUUUUGGUCAAAGCUCAGGAGGAGCAUCAGUUCAUCUCUUGAUGUUAUCUCCAAUGGCCAAAGGUUUAUUUCAUAAGGCUAUAGCCCAAAGUGGUUGUGCUCUAAAUGUUUGGGCAAGAGGUAAAAAGCAUACUGUACACUUACUAGCUGAUAUAUUAGGCAUCGAUAGUACUAGUGACAAGGUUAUUCUUGAACAAUUACAAAAAAUAUCUGUAAAAGAAUUGUAUAAUUCUUCAAACAAGUUAGCAGAUCCGUUUUAUGUAGGAAAAGUUAGACCUUUUGGACCAAUUGUGGAAAAAAAAUCCGCGAAAUCUUUUCUAAGUGAAGAACCAAUUGACUUAAUCAAAUCUGGCAGGUACCAUAAAGUACCUUUAAUAAUGGGAUACUGUUCGAGAGAAGGAAUAUUUGUGUAUGCAAUGUGUACUAAAGGCACUUUGUUGAAUGACGAAACAAUUGUACCUUAUUCUGUGAAUCUGAGGAUAGGGAGUGAUCAGUAUAAUUCAACAGUCAAUAGUAUUAAAAAAUUCUAUUUCAAUGACAGAAAUCCAUUAGAAAAUAAAGAUGAUAUAUACAGGCUUUAUACAGAUAACUUUUUUUUAUUGGACAUGUACAACUCAGCAAGAUAUCUUUCUGAAACAGGAAAUAGCCCUAUAUACUUUUAUAAAUUCUCCUUAGAUACUACACUGAACUCCAUGAAACGUUUUUAUUCUGUAACGGAACCAGGUGCUUGCCAUAGUGAUGAGCUGUCCUAUCUUUUUAAAAACGGAUUAACGCCUGAGGAUAUUGAGCCUAAAAGCCCUGAAUAUGUUGGAAUUAAAAGGAUGAUCAAACUCUGGACUAAUUUUGUUAAAUAUGGUAAUCCUACGCCAAAUGAACAGAACAAUUUGCUUUCUACAAGCUGGAAACCGCUCGAAUCUAGUCGAUUUAAUUACCUAGAUAUAGGAGAAGAAUUGGUAAUGAAAACUGAUCCCGAAAAAAAAGCAAUGUAUUUCUGGAAUAAUCUGUACAACGAAACAUCUGUAGCUAAAGCUAAACUAUAAUAAUGAAAAUAUUUUUUGCAUUUAACUUGACAAAAUUCUAUUCUUAUGCAGUAAAAUGUAUUGUACCUAUAUUUAAAUUUUCAUUCACUUAAAACUUAUAUUUAUAAUAUUGUGAAUAUUUCUCAUAAGAAAAAUUAAUUAAUUCUAAUUAAUUUCACUUGCUGAUGAUUAUUAAUUGUCAUAAUAUUGUAUUAAUGGCACACAAUUUAUAUUUCGCAAUAAUGGCAAAUCUGUAAAUUGUAUGGCUGAGUUAUUGAAUUUGUAUAACUCUUAAAAUCUUAUAAUAACUGCCUUAAUGAAAAUUUAAGAACACUAGAUUUAGUAUUGGCCAUGCGUUGUUACUGUGGAUAUAGAUCGUAAACAUCCUGCCCUCUUAAUUAAAAUUAAUGUAGACAAGUUUAAGCAUUUCGUAAACGAUUUUAAAGGUUUGGAAAAUAAAUAUAACUUUAAACAUGCUAAUUUUGCACAACUGUAUGAGUUACUUAACAAUUGUAAUUGAAACAUAUUAAAUAAUAUUGACGACGUAAAUGAUACUGUAAAUUAUUUCUAUUUGAAGUUGUAUGAGAUUCUAGAUAUGUGUGUUCCUAAAUAUAAAAUUUGUACUAAUAAAUCAAAAAAAAAAACUACCCAUCCUGGUUCACAGAAGAAAUUAAAUCAUGUUUAAAGGAUAAAGAAUACUUUAGGAGAAGAAAACACAAAUCUGAUUGUUUCCUCAAAUCCUAUAAAGAUUUAAGAAAAAGAGUUAAGUCGCUAGUCAAACAGGCUUAUGCUCAAUAUAUUAAAGGCGUAGAAGAUAAUUUAACUAAGGAUUCCAACAUCUUCUGGAAUUUUAUAAAUGGAAAAAAGAAAAAUAGGAAUAGCUCGAGUCAAUUUCUCAUUGAAGAUGAAUACACAUCUGAUAAAAAAAGUAUUUCUGAUGCUUUCGCUAAUUAUUUCUAUUCAGUUUAUGAUCUUAAUGAUGCAUCGUAUGACAUCACGUUAGCAAAGAAUAAUUUAGAUAAUUCAACUAUUAAUUUAAGUCACUUGAACGAUGUUCA